AUGGCGGGCGUUGUGAAACAACUGCUGGCCAGGCCAAUACAGGUGGCGGAUACGGUGACAAAGGUUGCGGAUGAAGCACAAUCGUUCAAACAAGAUUGCCAAGAGAUUAAAGCCAAGAUCGACAAGCUAGCGGGCCUCCUCCGUCAAGUUGCGCGAGCGAGCAACGAAGUUUAUGAACGCCCGACACGGAGAAUCGUCGAUGAAACCGAACAAGUCCUUGACAAGGCCCUAACACUGGUCCUCAAGUGUGGUAGAACAGGUAUCUUGGGGCGACUUUUCACCAUUAUACCGGCAGCAGCCUUUAGGAAACUGUCAAUGCAGCUCGAGAAUUCCAUCGGAGAUGUUUCGUGGCUCUUGGCUGUGUCGGGAGACAAUAAAGACGAUGAAUAUCUCGGUCUUCCUCCCAUUGCGGCGAAUGAACCUAUAUUAUGUCUUAUAUGGGAACAGAUUGCUAUUCUUUACACAGGUACGUUAGAAGAGCGGUCCGAUGCUUCUGCUUCAUUAGUGUCUUUGGCUCGGGACAAUGAUCGAUACAGUAAGCUGAUCAUCGAGGAAGGAGGAGUCCCUCCAUUGUUGAAAUUGGCCAAGGAAGGGAACCCCGAGGGUCAGGAGAAUGCGGCAAGGGCAAUUGGGUUGCUCGGACGUGACGCGGAAAGUGUCGAACAGAUUGUAAAUUCUGGUGUUUGUGCAGUGUUUGCGAAAAUCCUGAAAGAAGGUAAAAUGAAAGUUCAAUCAGUGGUGGCUUGGGCUGUGUCCGAAUUGGCUGCGCAGCACCCCAAAUGCCAAGAUCAUUUUUCACAGAACAAUAUAAUCCGGUUUCUCGUCAGUCAUCUCGCCUUCGAGACCGUUGAGGAACAUAGUAAGUAUAGCAUCGUGACCAAGCACUCGUCGUCGAUGCAUUCGGUUGUUUUGGCUAGUACAAAUCCCCAGGAUUCCGACAAGAAAGAGCACGAAAUGGAUAGUCAUAUGGCUCGUCCCAUGGGGAAUCAAGCAACGCCUAGCCAAAUGCAAAAUGUGGUUACCAACACUAUGGUUAUGAAAGGCAAGAAUGUUGGCAGCUCAGCAACACCACUGCAACCGAACGGCCAAGCUAACCAAUCCAAAGGCGCCCACCCGAUUGCCGGAGCCAGGUCGCACCACCGUGUCUCCAUAUCUGGAACUAGCAUUAAGGGAAGGGAAUUUGAAGACCCUGGCACUAAAGCACAAAUGAAAGCAAUGGCAGCAAGGGCUUUGUGGCUGCUUUGCAAGGGAAACCUCAGCAUAUGUCGUAGCGUAACCGAAUCGAGAGCUCUAUUGUGCUUCGCUAUCUUGUUAGAGAAGAGCACCGACGACAUCCGAUACUACUCGUCCCUUGCGUUAAUGGAAAUCACCGCCGUGGCGGAGCAAAACUCUGAGUUGAGACGCUCUUCUUUCAAACCUACGGCCGCAGCAGCCAAAGCCAUCGUCAACCAAUUACUCAAAGUCAUCAGACAGGGCGACUCGGACCUCCUCAUCCCGUGCAUCAAAACAAUCGGGAACUUGGCGAGGACUUUCCGAGCAAGCGAAACGAGGGUCAUCGGGCCAUUGGUGAAACUGCUGGACGAAACGGAAGCUGAAGUUUCGAUGGAAACCACCAUUGCACUUAACAAAUUCGCCACACCGCAAAACUACCUCCACCUUAACCACUCGAAAGCCAUCGUGGACGGCGGCGGCGUGAAGCAUUUGAUCCAACUAGUUUACUUUGGGGAACAAAUGGUGCAGUUCCCGUCGUUGACUCUUCUGUGUUACAUAGCUUAUAAUGUUCCCGACAGUGAGGUCCUUGCUCAAGAGGAAGUGAUUAUAGUGCUGGAAUGGGCAUCGAAGCAAGCUCAUUUAGCCGGAAAUCAUGACAUUGACGAGUUAUUACCAGAAGCCAAGAGUAGAUUGGAACUGUAUCGAUCCAGAGGUUCAAGAGGAUACCACUAAAUUCAACAUUUUCAGAA